CAAUUCGAAACGUAAACAAACAGAAACUGUUAAACACGUCCUAGGGGCAAUUUCUGUUGAAAUAUUCAGACUACGGCUACAAACACGGGUAUUUCUUAGAGUGUUGUGGAGUAGAAGAAGAAAGUGGCAUGAAAAGAACUGACUCAAGUAAAGGACAAGUAGCCUACCUCAACAUUUGGACUUUAGUACAGUACUGGAGUAAACGUAGGCUUCUUAGUAACAUUCCACCACUGUGGAUUGUGCUGUCAGUCUUAUGAUAAUUAACAGACAGCUGUUUGGUUUUAACUGCGACACACGAGGCAGCAGGUGUGGGUGUGUCCCUCCCCUGUCCCCGGGCAGCCGGAGCAGCGGACCCGGAAGGAAAGGCUCAUUAAAGACAGCGGCUCCGUCUACAGCAUACAGAGCGAUGGAUCAGAGAGGCCUGCAGCAGGAGUUCCAGGUUCAGUUCAGCCAUGUGGUUUCCAGAGUGCAGUUCUUCCAGUCGGACUGGGACAUCGCCUCUUUUGCCAUCUUCUUCAUCUUCAUCGGGAUGGUUUUGCUGCUGGUCAUCCUGGUCCUCAUCCGCUGUUGCUGCUGCUGCUGCUGUGAUGACGAGAGGCCUCGCGGGCGGAAGGUCGGCAUAGAGAACAUGGCUCUGGAGCCCUGACAGAUGGAGGAGUGGAGGGGUUGAUGCAGCUCCGGGCACAGCCUGCUGCUUUGACAUUGUGUGCCAAAGCUUUGACUCGACUGUCACCAGUCGGUCACCAAAACGUAGUCCACUUGCACAUAGAAUGAAUCCGUGUUCCUCUGCUACCCUGGUAGGGAAAUCUAACACGAGAGAUCUUUUUGACUGUCACCGCUGUGUUGCUAGGAUACCACCAAGCAGCUGUCUGUGUUUUUAUGCCUCUGUCAGAUUCCAACGUCACUUCCUUGUUUGUUGAAAGAAUGUUGGUUUCAAUUUGAAGUUUUUACUUGGUAACAAAUCUAUAAAAGUCAUAAAAAAA